AUGGGCAGCUCGCCUGUCACAUCUGGGAUCACGCCCGUCGAGAGUGAUCUGGUGAAGACGUGUCUGAUCAUUCCAGGUCAAGCUGACGCUUCCUUCCAAUUGCUUGAGCCAAAGGACCGAGUUCCGCUUAUCAAGAACAACGACGGUACUUUUGGACCAAUUCCAGCACUGAGAUCCGAAGCAGAGUUCAAUGCGCAACCCCCAGUAGAGGACAUCAAAUUCAUGUCGUUCGCGCUUAUAAGCAGUGACAAUGGACUCUUCGAUCUUGUUACCAAUGACAGUCCCCGUCAAUAUGUCGCGAAGAAGCGCGAUGGAUCGGUAGUUCUGACUGACGGGCCCACGAAUAACGCUCAGAUGGCUACUUCUAUCUUCGAUGUUACGUGCGAAGGUCGCAUUGCCGUUAGAGUCGGUUCGCAAUACUAUACCUGGACAGUGAGUGGCAAGAAGACGGUGAUGAGGAGAGCUUCUGGCACACCGGACACCAUGUUCGCUCUGCCAGACAGCCCAGCGGCACAAAAACGACGCCGCCGCAACAAGUCUCAAGAAGGCGUUGCCCCCCGCUGCCCCUCAUACCCUCGAGAGCUGGAAGCUAGAGUCUUUCCCGGUGCCCGCGGCAACAACCCUAACCAGUGCGGCUCGUCCAGCUUCAAUGUACCUGACCUAAGUUUCGGCAAGUGCUGUGAUCAACACGAUAACGACUAUGACGACUGCGGCAUGACUUUCGAGGAGGGCAAUAAUAGGUUUCACUCAUGUAUGCGCGGAUCAGGAUGUGAUUACCUCAACCACUGGUACUACUGGCCAGCAUACGUAGGCUGCCUGAAGACUGCCGACUUCUAUUACAGCGUGGUGUCAUCGAUUGCCGGACAAAUAGCCUUCUUGCAAAACUGCGGUGCUUGCGGCGUCGUCUCGCCCUCGGGCUACUGCGUCGGCGGCCAGCCGUACACGCCCCCCGCCUUUUGCUCUCGCGGCAACGGCUUCCGCAACGGGAACUUCGCAAACAGCGGAAACGACUGGAACGCGCAGAUUGUCAGUGGGGGCGGAAACUCCAACUUCGGGGUUGGAUUUGACGGCGGCGCGGAGGAUGCAGACGCUAUGGUUGGCAUCUUCUCACUCUACUCACCCAAUCCUAGUGCGAGUCUUAAGACAUCCGUAAAGAUGUGUCCUGGAAUCGCAUACACUUUGGGUUUCCAGAUACGCAGGCCGUACGGCAAUGACAAUUGCCAGUACUCCGUCUAUGUGGCUCGGGACCUGUACAACAGCGGGAAUGUGCCGCUGCCGGCGGACAGGGGCGCCGGAUGGAUGUGGGUUUCUGGGCUGCGUGUUGGACCAUUCAGCGGAGAGCGGCAGGGAGUCACAACGGCGGGGCCGGAGCUGUGGGCUGAGUUCCAGCUUGAUGUGAGGUGCUCGGGGGGCGCGCCGUAUGAUUUUAUCAGGGUGGAUCAGUUCUCGAUCAAUCCUGCCUAA